AGCCGGACAGUAUAUACAGUACAGACGGGUGGUGGAGACGGGAUGGCUCGAUUGGGAGGCGAAGGAGCUUCUCACUCGGGAUAUUGUGAAUCGGGUGAAUCACACAGAGAUUGUCCUUCAGCCUCACGCUCCGGUGUUAUAAUUGUCGGGGCAACCGCUGGGACAAUUGGAAAUGCAGAGGGAGUUGUGACCACGACAUCUCUAGUGAACACUCCAAAUGAGCUGUAUCUGAGCUCCCAGCAGAUGUUGAAUGUGAAGCACCCACCGGUUGUAUCUCAAGAGCAGGAAGAAAUACGGAAAAUGGCAGCUGAAGAGGUGGAAGGAAAUGUCAGCAAAGAGGUGUUCAGCUCCUAUAGUACACUCACACACUCGGUCUUCAGCUCAGCCAGGCCACACCCAGCAGACAUCGUAGAGGCUGCAUCUCUGGCGGAUGUCUCUCUUCCCCAACCAACAUAUGACCUAGCACCAUGUGUAGUCCAGUGUGAGAAGCUGAGCUCCCUGCAGCUGGAAGGGGUACUCUAUGCCUGCCAGAGACACCUCACUCUCCUGCCAGAUGGUAGACGUGGUGCCUUCUUCAUAGGAGAUGGGGCUGGUGUUGGCAAGGGAAGACAGAUAGCUGCAAUUAUUUUGGAGAACUAUGUUAGAGGAAGGUGUAGACAUAUCUGGUUCAGUGUGUCACAUGACCUCAAGAUGGAUGCAGAGAGAGAUUUGAGAGAUAUUGGGUGCUAUAUAAAAAUGAUAGAUGGCUGUCAGCAAUUAGACAAGGAAACCAGGAUACUUGGUCUCCCACCUGACUUUAAGGAAGGUGUAUUGUUCUCUACAUAUGCCACCCUUGUUAGUACACUUCAUAAAGGAGGCCAGUCUUGCAGUAGACUCCAGCAGCUUGUAUCGUGGUGUGGGGGAGAAUCAUUUGACGGGUGCCUCGUGUUUGACGAAUGUCACAAGGCCAAGAACUUCAACCCUGGAAAAGAGCAGCGCAGCACCAAAGUGGCCCUAGCUGUGUCUAUGUGCAGAAAAUGCUUCCCAGAGCAAGAGUUGUGUACUGCAGUGCCACUGGUGUUAGCAAUGUCAAAAACAUGGCAUACAUGGAGGGGCUAGGGUUGUGGGGUGAAGGACUGUCAUUUCCUAAUUUUGAGAGUUUCCUAGAGAGUGUCACUAGGAGAGGCCUGGGUGCUGCUGAGAUGCUAGCAAUGGAGAUGAAGUCAGCAGGAGUCUAUGUGUCUAGGGGUCUAAGCUACAAACAGGCAGAGUUUGUUACAAGAGAAGUCACUCUCAGUCCCAGUCAGACUUCAACCUAUGACGCUGCUGCACAUGUAUGGAAUGAGCUCCGAAAUCCCUGCAGUAGCUUUAUCGUCGUGUGGUGCUCCUCUACGCAGAGGUGUGGGCACCGUUCUGGUACAGCAGCAGGCACAGUCAGGUUUUCAAGCUGUCAAUGUAUGUGAUGACAUGAGUGCCUGCUAUUGUUGAGGAGAUCAAGAAGGCUCUUUCUCAAGAUAUGUGCGUUGUCAUUGGUCUACAGACUACUGGAGAGUCCAGCCUUGAGAGUGAGAUGGAAGCCAACAAGGGAGAACCGGAUGGUUUUGUUUCAAUCUGCAGAGAGAUACUGCAGCGCUUUGUGAGGGAUCACUUCCCUACUACCACUACGCUUACCGACACCCCACAGGUGACUCU